AUGGCCUCAGGUUGGACUGAAGAGGAAAGCUUUGCCUGUCCAGUAUGUCUGGAAACCCUGAAGGAUCCGGCCACUCUACCCUGCGGACACUCAUACUGCUUGGCUUGUAUUCAGAGCCACUGGGACAAAGGGGGCAGCAAAGGUGAGUACAGCUGCCCCCAGUGUAGGCAGGUGUUCAACCCUCGGCCCUCGCUGGCCAAGAGCACCCUGCUAGCGGAGGCUAUGGAGAAGCUGAGGACCAACAGCCUGAAGCAGCACUCCUUCACAGCUCCUUCCCCCGGCCCACCAUCCAUGCCGGUCUAUUUGGAGGUCCUGCCAGAUACAGUGCAACGAAAGGGCAGUGUGUACCCACAGCUUCCCUCUGUGGAGCCCAAACCCUGCCACCAACACGGCCGACCCCUGGACCUGUUUUGCCAUGACGACAGGGAGUGUGUGUGUGAGGUGUGUUGCCAGCAUGGACACAGGGGACACCGUGUCGUCAAACCGAGAGAAGAGAGAAAAGAAAGACAGAAAGAGCUUGUUCAGAUGCAGGCAGAGGUACAGAGGAGGCUCCAGGAGACGGACAGGAAGAUUAAGGAACUCCCACAUUUUGCACGUCAAGACAAGGCCUUGGUCCAGGCUCUAGAGAAGGAGAGCACAGAUUUAUUCAUGGAGCUAGCCAAGAACGUGAAUCUAACAGGCACCCAGGUCAGCGAGCUCCUCUCUACCCACGAGGCCUCUUUAGGCAGCCAGGCUGAGGGGCAGCUCAAUAGACUGGAGCAGCAGGUUGCACAGCUCAACUGGAAGAGUGAAGAGCUGAGCAGACUGGCUGACAUGCAGGACGAUGUCUGUUUCUUGAAGAACUUCCUCCUCAUGGAGCCGCUGGUUCAGACUGAUGCCACAGUGAUUGGGCAGGAGGAAACCAUGGUGACGUCAGUCCGCUCAGUCAUGAAAGAACUGCAGGAGUCAGUUCAGGAUCUCUGCAAAGGCAGCCUGGAAAAAAUCGUCACAAUUGUGGUCUGGAAGCAGCAGGUCCGCUACCAGCGGGCCCAGUACCAGCAGGUCCGCUACCAGCGGGCCCAGUACCAGCAGGUCCGCUACCAGCGGGCCCAGUACCAGCAGGCCCGUUACCUGCAGGCCUGCUGCCAGCUCAGGUUCCUGCCCAAAGUACAGGGCCUCUGCCUUCAAGGUCUGGUGGUUCUGCUUACCUUCAAGGUAAUGCUUGAAAAAGCUUCAGCCCCACCUCCACCCUUGCCUGCUCCUCGACGUCAAGCUUCUGUAUCAUCAGUGGGAUUUAUGAAUCCAGAACCAAAAACUCGAGAUGAACUCAUAAAAUUUCGUUUCGAACCCACCAUGGACCCAAACACAGUGUAUCGCCACGUGCUGCUGUCGGAUGGCAAUCGUAAGGCAACGAUGCGGGCUGAGAACCUGAACCCACCAGACCAUCCUGAUCGAUUCCAGUUCUGGAGACAGGUUCUCUGUAAAGAGCCGCUGGGAGGGAGCCCUUAUUACUGGGAGGUGGAGUGGACUGGCCAGAAGGUCACCAUCGGAGUUUCAUACAAAGAGAUAGAACGCAAGAGUAAUGAUGACAAGAGCCGUUUGGGCCAUAAUGAGCUGUCUUGGAGUCUGUACUGGUCUGGGAGCGGAUUUUCCUUUUGGCACAAUAACCAGGAAAAACUGCUGGGUGCACCAAAGGCCAAACAGAUCGGCAUCUACCUGGACCAGCAUGCAGGGAUUCUGGCCUUUUACAGCAUCACCAAAAACCAGGCUACCCUCAUCCACAGACACCAGCAGCAGUUCACUGGCCCUCUGUUCCCAGGAUUCAGAUUCUGGGCAAGAGUAGGUGCUACAGUAACUAUUUGCCAAUUAGACUGAUGUGCACAAGUGUAAUUAUCUGAUGUUUUUGAUUAAAGAUGUUUAUCUGGCUGCAAGAAUG